AUGGCUCCGAACGAGGAUACCGUGCCGCCUGAGUUACCGCGCACUGUCGGAAGCCAGGAUGCGAAUACAUCCAGACGUCGCAGGUCACUCCCUGGUCGAUCGACUAGUGUACCGCGACAACGACCGGCUACCCAUGCGCCUCCUAUGCCUCCCGCAUCGCCCGAAAUUAUUUCGUCGCUGAUAUCGUCCCUUUCCAGCAUUUCAACACCCGCUCGAAGCCAUUUUGAAAAUUUACCGCAUAUUGGCGCACAAACGGCUCCUUCCUCCCCAGGGUUCCACCAGACGGAGUUUUCACAACCCCAGGGGCCCGGACAAGGCUUCGGCGUAGACUAUGGAGCAUACAAACCUCCAAGCGAUGCCUUUAAAAGUCCAUUUUUGCAUCCCGAUGAUGCUGCCUUGUCGCCUGUCGUUCGUAUGGCCCCCGCGCCCACGCCUAGUUCCCCGCGGUCGCCGCGAUCUCCCAAAUUCAAGACAAGCUUCGGACGCGAUCGCUCUCCGUUGAGGCCGAGGUCGACAAGUUCAUUCUCAUCCUCACAAGCUGCUAUGGAUGAGCAAUCGCUAUCGGGAUUUGGAAUAAUUACGACGGAACCAGGUACUCGCGUAUCCCGUACCGGAAGUGUCGCGUCGACAAGCUCCGAUGGCCGAAAGAGUCUAAGAAGUCCUCUAAGCAUGUUGAGAAGGGGGUCUAAAGACUCAUGGCAGGAUAAGGAAGCUGAACGAAGUGUCAAAUCUACUGCGCAUAGUGAUAACCUGAAACCGAAUUUCGCUCGCAGUCGCGCUAGCCUUCAAUCGAAGAACUCAAUGGCAGAUGUUGCUGAAGAGGGGGGAACCUUGAAUCCCGCUGAAGAUCUUAGUUUCAAGAGUGGGAAGGUCACUACAGAUACAAACGCAUUGACACAAACGACACCGAAUACACCACUACCUAGUCCUGGAGGUAUUGGUAGCGGGCGUAUAAUACCCACGCGCGAGUCAUCACUACGACAUAGCAUGAACAAUAAACCCAACCGAAAGAGCCGGCACAGUAGACCACCAGAAGAGCGAUCCGUCAAGGAGCGCAGUCAUGUUGAGUCUAAAACAUCCGAGGCACGGGCUGCAACCGAACAAACAACGAAAAGGAUACAGCAAGUCAAGGAGCAACAAAAGCGAAUCAAGAACGAAUUGGCAAAGGCUCAAGAGGUCCCCGCUGGUCGAACGUCGAUCGAGACAUUCAACUCACGAGCCAAGACACAACCUGUGGCCGAACCAGCAUCUGCCCGACAGUCUCAAGACGACGCGCUCAUUUCUCGAUAUCUCAUUCAUGCGGAAACAGAUCUAUUCGAAGAAAGCGCGCCGUCUCCGGCAAUACAGACCCGGAGGACAAGGGAAGCAAAGGACAAAAAGCGGCAAUCGCUCGACAAGUCGGACAUUCCGCUCAGCCCGUCCGUGUCCAAAGCUCACAAGCGUCAUUCUUCCGGAGCAUUUACGAUGGCCACUCGUCCGUCGAUAGCAGAAGAACGGCCUUCUAGCGCUGAUUCUAUAGAUUUUGCUGUCGAGUCAUACAUUGCCUCGCCAAGAUUGACGCAAAAGGUGCCUCAUCCACGCUCUGGAAGAAUGAUAGCAUUCUCGGAGGUCGGCGAUCCUCAGGGACACGUUAUUUUCUGUUGUCUCGGUAUGGGGCUAACUAGAUAUUUGAUGGCGUUCUAUGACGAAUUAGCGCGCACAUUGAAACUGCGCCUGGUGACACUCGAUCGGCCGGGUGUUGGUGAAAGUGAUCCUUCAGGGGAGGGCGAGGGAACUCCUUUGACAUGGCCUGACGACGUCGCGAUUGUGUGCAAUCAUUUGAAAAUCACCAAAUUUUCUAUCCUGGCGCACUCUGCAGGUGCCAUAUAUGCAUUGGCCACUGCGCUCAGAAUACCACAACACAUUAGGGGUCGUAUCCAUCUUUUGGCGCCUUGGAUUCCGCCAUCGCAAAUGACGAAUCUAGGCACACACAAAGAACCUUUACCUAAUAACGCAGUGCCAUACUCUCAGAGGAUAUUGCGAGCCCUUCCUACGCCUAUCUUGAAGGUGGCAAACUCAAGCUUCAUGAGUGCCACAAGCAGCAGCAUAACGACCAGUCUGCCGAAGUCGCCACGAAGGAAUAAAAGAAAGAGCUUCGGACGAGAUACAGCAGCUCCGACAGUGACAGAACUUACCUCACCCACCCCUAACACAACGGCGAAUCAAGCCAAAUUCGACCGCAAUUCAACUCUAACCACAGCAACCAACGCCACAUCAACACCAUUAAUCUCCCACGAUCAACGAAAUUCGACAAUGUCUCAGGCAUCAGCACUCAACCGCCCCAGUGCGGCCGAGGAAGCCGCAAUCCUCGCAUCUCAGCAAAAAGAACGACAAACCGAGUACGAUACGCGCCUGACGUAUCGAAUUUGGGAACUAGCAACCACCAACGCCAAUCCCGCUGUCGAUCUUUUGAUUUGCCUCGAACGCCGCCAGACAAUCGGCUUCAGAUACGUAGACAUCAAUCGCGAAGUAGUCAUCCACCACGGCACCAAGGACACGCGCGUACCCGUCGACAAUGUGCGAUGGCUCGGCAAGACGAUGCGCAGAUGCGAAGUCCGUGUCCUCGAGGGCGAAGGUCACGGCCUCAUGGCCUCGGCCGUGGUGAUGAGCAACGUUCUGACCGAAAUGGCCAAGGAAUGGGAAGACUGGACGACUGUCGUCCAGGGCCGGGGUAGGGGGCGACGAACGACUGUCUCGCAUCAUUAUCCUUCUUCGCGGUCUGGAGUUGUCGCCGUCUAA